AAAAGAGUGCCGCAGAGAACGCCAAAUGGCGAUAUAAACCUGUUUUGGCGAACAACUGCCGCGAAGUUUUGGAGGAGUGAUCGGAGAUGAUUUUCAUCUUCUUCAUCUCGCAGACCAUGUGGUUAUUUUGACAGGGGAAAGGGUUCUUCGAAAAAGCGAUGUGUUUAAUAUCGGCUUUUUCAAUUUCUUCUAUUUAAUGAUUUCUUCGAAAUUAAAUAAAAGUGAACAAUUAUCGUUAUGAAUGAGCGGAAUUAAAAAAGGGUUUCGUGAACUUGGAUUAAAUUAAUUUGGAUACAUACAUUCGAGGAAUAUUUAUUUUGUUUUACCUGGAUUAUGUGAGGAUAAAAAUGACCAGUCCAUGUGCGGUGACAGUUAUAAUCCUUUUAGGGAUAGUGUACUCUAGAUAUAUUGAUUGCACUAGUACGCACAAUUUACACAGUCUUUUGAGGCACCCACAUUAUGCGGAGGGACACCAACAUGCGCUCCAACAUCAUUUGCAACAUUCAGCAUCAUUUACACCGAAGAAAAUGUACGAAAGUAGACCUUCAUACCCUUCCCCAUAUUCAUCAUCAUCAUCAUUGAGGAGUCAGGAGGAGAUGGGGGCAUGGAGCAGGGCAUCCCCUGUCACCAAGAUGGAGUACUACAAGAUGGCACUCAAGAGCACAUCGGCUACUAAGAGUGUCGUCGCCAUAGACCCUCAGAUUCCACAAGAACUGUCAGAUGUCCGGGAAGCAAAUGAACACUUUGUCCGGAUGCGGCUAGAGGCCGGAUGCCGGAUUCCCCGCCCACAAGUGAUCUGCGUGAGGGAUGUAUACCCAGAGAAGAACAUCCUGCCACGCUGUACACUACUGCACCGAUGCACAGAAAUGACUGGAUGCUGUGAAGAUGAGACUACGCAAUGUUCACCCAAAGCAAUGCAGGAGGUCGUCAUGCUUUUUUAUGUAAGACACGCCCAUUCCUAAAAUCACCACUCUUUUUUUUUUUGUUGUUGUUGGAGUCAGACUGCGUACUUGAGUCAUCGAAAUAAAAUAAUCAAAACACAA